GGGCGGGGCCGCUGGAUGGGCCGGCCGGUAUCUACCCUUUAAUCCUCCCUGGCAUGUCCUGACCCUCAGCCAUGGCUCUCAGCCGCGUCCUUUUCUCAUGGAGUCUCCGCACACCCUGCACGCCCGGCUUCGCGCCGUUUUCCGCUGCACCAGUGGCCCGCGAGCGACCCGCCACGGGCUCCGGGGCCCAGCACGGAUGCGGGGCGGCUGAGACGGUGCGGCCGCCGGUGCCCGCUGUGGAUUUCGGCAAUGCGCAGGAGGCGUACCGCAGCCGGAGUAGCUGGGAGCUGGCGCGCAACCUGUUGGUGCUGCGCCUGUGCGCCUCGCCCACGCUGCUGGCGCGCCACGAGCAGCUGCUGCACAUUGCCAGGAAAUUAAUGGGGCAGAGACUGUUUGAUAAGCUGAUGAAGAUGACUUUCUAUGGGCAGUUUGUGGCUGGUGAGAACCAGGAGUCCAUCCGACCCCUGAUCCAGCACAACAAGGCCUUUGGUGUUGGCUCCAUCCUGGACUACGGAGUGGAAGAAGAUCUGAGCCCUGAGGAGGCAGAGUGCAAGGAGAUGGAGUCCUGCACUUCUGCAGCAGAGCGAGAUGGCAGGGGGACCAGUAAGAGGGAAAAGCAGUAUCAAGCCCAUCGUGCCUUUGGAGACCGCAGGGAUGGUGUCAUCAGUGCCCGCACCUACUUUUACGCCAAUGAAGCCAAGUGUGACAGCCACAUGGAGACCUUCCUGCGCUGCAUUGAAGCUUCAGGUGGAGCCAGCAAUGACGGCUUCUCAGCCAUUAAGCUUACUGCACUGGGGAGACCCCAGUUUCUGCUGCAGUUCUCAGAUGUGCUGAUGAAGUGGAGACGGUUCUUUCACCACAUGGCUGCAGAGCAAGGGCAGGCCGGGCGCGCUGCCAUGGAUACAAAGCUAGAAGUGGCAGCACUGCAGGAAAGUGUUGUCAAGAUGGGCAUAGCAUCCAGGGCUGAGAUAGAAGACUGGUUCACACCAGAGACCCUGGGAGUGUCUGGUACUGUGGACCUCCUGGACUGGAGCAGCCUCAUCAACAGCAGGACCCGGCUCUCCAGGCACCUGGUGGUCCCCAACAUGCAGACAGGACAGCUAGAGCCACUGCUGUCACAGUUUACUGAGGAGGAGGAGCUGCAGAUGACACGGAUGCUACAGAGGAUGGAUGUGCUGGCCAAGAAAGCCAUGGAGGUAGGUGUGCGGCUGAUGGUAGAUGCUGAGCAGACCUACUUCCAGCCAGCCAUCAGCCGCCUAACACUAGAAAUGCAGCGCAAGUUCAAUGUGGAGAAGCCACUGAUUUUCAACACCUACCAGUGCUACCUCAAGGAUGCCUAUGACAAUGUGACCCUGGAUGUGGAACUGGCUCGCCGGGAAGGCUGGUGUUUUGGGGCCAAGUUGGUACGUGGCGCAUACAUGGCCCAGGAGCGUGCCCGUGCCUUGGAGAUUGGCUACGAAGACCCCAUCAACCCCACUUAUGAGGCCACCAACACCAUGUACCACAGGUGCCUCAACUACGUCCUGGAGGAGCUGAAGCACAACUCGAAGGCCAAGGUCAUGGUGGCCUCUCACAAUGAGGACACAGUACGCUUCACCCUACACAGGAUGGACAAACUGGGCUUGCAUCCUGCUGACCACCAGGUGUACUUUGGACAGCUGCUGGGCAUGUGUGACCAAAUCAGCUUCCCGCUGGGCCAGGCUGGCUUCCCUGUGUACAAGUACGUGCCUUACGGCCCAGUGAUGGAGGUGCUGCCCUACCUAUCCCGCCGUGCCCUGGAGAACAGCGGCAUCAUGAAGGGUGCCCAGCAAGAGCGGCGGCUGCUGUGGCAGGAGCUGUGGCGGCGGAUCCGCACAGGCAGCCUCCGUCAGUAUCCAGCCUGCCCCACCUCAACUGCAUAAUCUGUGGCCUUCCUGGGUGCAGGGCAGGGAAGGGAUUCUAGGGGGACUGUAGGUGCUGCCCACACCAUCACAACAGCCUCAGUCCAGCUCCAACAUCAUAGGAUUCACAUUUUACACCUGAAACUUGAGAGCCACUGGUGUUGGGGUUUCCUGCCCUUGGUCCCUCGACACCAGGCCUGCCCUGCCAGAAUGCAGGCACACAGGAACUGUCUGUAGAGUUCUCAGUGAGCACAUAAGAGGCCUCUGUGCUGCUGCUGGACUGAACUACCUUUUGCCAAGGACACACACACGCGCCUUACAGUGGGUAGUGGUCCAGGUAGAAAGCUGCUUGAUCAAUAAAUCGCUGUUCUGAA